AUGGAAAUGGUGAAAAGUUUUCUGUAUCCACCGCCUCCAUCGAUACUACUCAACUCUAUGAGCGUCGUGGGUUUAGCCGCUUUGGCCAAGAUCGGUUGGUCGGAAAUUAGAGGAAAUCAUCUGAAAUACUCCAAAUUCAACAACGCUUCAUCAUCAUCAUCACCACAAACACAACCUCAGAAACAGAGAUUCGGCACCAUCUCGAGCCGAACCGGAAUGCUUUGGCUAUAUACACCUGCGUUUCUAGCCGCUUCGGCAUCUUUCUUCGUCUUACCUUCUGAUGAUCUCAGGUUUCUUCUUGUCAAAUCUGCACUUGCCCUCCAUUUCUUCAAGAGGGUCCUCGAGGUUCUGUUCAUACACAAGUACAGUGGAGGGAUGGCAGUAGACUCAGCUUUCGUCAUAACAAGCAGCUAUUUCUCAUCGACGGUAUUGAUGUUAUACAGCCAAAACUUCACACUGGGACUUCCCGGGCCAGAUUUCGAUCUGAAAUUCAUCGGCAUUGUGAUGUUUGUGGUGGGAAUUGCUGGGAAUCUGUAUCACCAUAUCUUACUAGCUAAGCUUAGGAAAGAAGAAGAUGGGAAGAAGAAAGAGUACAAGAUACCAAAAGGUGGUCUCUUUGAUACAAUCAUAUGCCCUCAUUAUCUGUUUGAGAUCAUUGUGUUUUGGAGCUUCUUUAUGGUUUCUCAGACCAUUUACUCGCUUUCUUUCGCCAUGGGAACGACUUUGUAUCUCGUCGGUCGGAGUUACGCUACACGAAGAUGGUAUCUUUCCAAGUUCGAUGACUUCCCUAAGCAUGUCAAGGCUCUGAUUCCAUUUGUGUUCUAG